AGUCACGGUACAAAUUGCCCUCAAUUUUUGCUGGAAAAAUACCCCAUCACACGACUGCGAUGCUACGUGAGGCAGCUUUCAAGGCACCGUGCAGCCACCUGAGCCACUCGCCUACCAGCCAAGAUCCUAUCCAAAACCAGAGGCAAGCCAAAGCCACGCCAAUCCAAGAGGAGACGCCGCACCCGCGCGCGCGCCAUGAAGUGCUGGUGCGUGCACGCGCCCAGGGGAAGAGCAAUGGCGACGCCGCUCUCCAGCCCCUUCGCCCCCACCACCACCCUCCGCGCCCCGAUCCGGCACCGCGCGCUGCUACUACUUUCCCCUCCCCGCGCAGCCUCCUCCGGCGAGAACGCCGCCGCGGACCAGGAGCAGCCGCCGGCCCCGGCCACCACGGACGACGACUUCGAGGAGCGCGUCCUGCGGAUCAAGUCCCGCGUCGGGCCCAAGAAGCGGAGCGCCCGCAAGAAGAAGGCCGCGGCUGCCGCGGUCGCCAACGCCGUCACGCUCCCGCCCGUGCCGCUGCGGGAGGCCCGGUCGGCAUUCGGCGCGCCCAUCGAGUUCGGCUUCACCGCGUACAGCGAGCGGCUGAACGGCGCGCUCGCGGCCUUGGGGCUUACCGCGCUGCUGCUCGUGGAGCUGGGCUCGGGGCAGGCUCUGGUGAAGUACCACCAGCCCGCCACGCUGUUCCUGCAGGCGUACACCGUCGCGGCGGCCGGCGCGGUGUUCGUCAAGUACGAGAAGGAGCGGAUCAGCGUAUGGCCGGGUUCGCCGGCACCCAAGCCGCCGGCGAGCGGUGAAUGAGCUCUUCCGGAAUUUUGGUUUUUGGUAGGGCGUCCUUUGUAAUCUAUCUUGUGAGUCGCUUGUGUUGCCGAAAACGCGUGUUGUGUAAACUUGAAAAAUCCUAACCAUCUGAGUCAAGAAAAGGCUACAACUUUGAAGUCGUUUAACCCUUA